AUGUUAUUAGAUGAAACUGACUUAUCUAUUAAUCUUUCUAAGAAAGCCAGUGCUGCAGAUCUGUAUGAACAAGUCUUUUAUUCUUUAGACUUAAUUGAAAAAGAUUAUUUUGGUUUACAAUUCACCGAUACAAACAAUGUUAAGCAUUGGUUAGACCCUACUAAAACUAUAAAGAAACAAGUUAAAAUUGGACCUCCAUACACCUUACGUCUUAAAGUCAAGUUUUAUUCAUCUGAACCGAAUAAUUUAAGGGAGGAACUGACGCGAUAUCAGUUCUUUCUGCAAUUGAAGAAAGAUAUUUUAGAAAGUAAAUUAGAAUGUCCGCAUUCUACCGCAGUAGAAUUAGCUGCAUUAGCUCUUCAAUCAGAAUUAGGGGAUUUUGAUGAAUCUAUUCAUACACCUGCCACAGUUUCUGAAUUUAGAUUUGUCCCAAAUCAAACUGAAGAGAUGGAAAUAGAAAUAUUAGAAGAGUACAAGAAAUACAAGGGCCUCACUCCAGCUCAAGCAGAAGUGAAUUACCUAAAUAAAGCUAAGUGGCUUGAAAUGUAUGGUGUUGAUAUGCACAUAGUGUUGGGCAAAGAUGGAUGUGAAUAUCACUUGGGAUUGACGCCCACCGGUAUUUUAGUUUUCGAGGGACCACAAAAAAUUGGACUGUUCUUUUGGCCUAAAAUAAGCAAAUUGGAUUUCAAAAAAAAGAAACUAACUUUAGUAGUUGUCGAAGACGAUGACCAGGGGCGUGAACAAGAGCACACAUUCGUAUUCCGAUUACACAACGAAAAAGCUUGUAAACAUCUUUGGAAAUGUGCUGUCGAACACCACACAUUCUUCCGCUUACGAGCGCCGGUUAAAGGUCCUUCUGCAAGGCAAAACUUCUUCAGGAUGGGAUCGAGAUUCCAAUAUUCAGGUAAAACUGAAUAUCAAACAACUCAACAAAAUCGAGCACGUCGUACCGUUCAGUUCGAGAGACGUCCUAGUCAGCGAUUUGCUCGACGUCAGAGUCAUGUAUUAAGAGAACGCGAAAAACAAAAUGUAUCUGUAAAACCUGAAACUCCAUCUCAGUCUGAAGUAAAUAACGAAUUGCCCAGUACCAGUACCGAUACCACGCCCCUUGUACCGGAUUUGGGACUUGAUACAUUAUCAAGAAAGAGUAGUGCCAAAUCUCAUAAAUCAUCACUUUUAGAAAUAGAUUCUAAACAAACUGAAAUAGGUGAGUCUUCUACGAAGAAUCUUAUGAAUGAUGAUCCAGCAGAAGAAGUUAAGAUAUCCAAAGAUGAUGCUAUCAGUAACAAAGUUUUAUUUAAAAUAGACAAAGGUAAUGUAGAAGAGAAGAAAAAUAAUUUGACACAGCUUGUUAUUAACAAACCACCCUGUAAAUGUUCUCCUGUGGCAGAAUUUAAUCCACUUAAUGAUCUUCUCAUGAGCUUGGUUAAAGAGAAACUAAAUAACGAUGAAUCCAAAAAUGAAGCAAAGAAGGAUCAAUUAGAUACACUGUCUGACAAGGAACUGCCAAAUAACCAAGCAAAAUGUUAUUUAUCUUCAAAUAAAAAUCUGCCUCUGGGGCAGUUAAAAUGUAACAAUAUUUUAAAAGCUCGAGAGAAUGAAGUUAAAAUUAUCAAUGAGUCUUCAAACAUGAACAUGUCUAUUCCAUCUACACCAUCACCGAAAAUUCUCAAUGAGCCUAGUUCUCCAAUAGCAAAUAAUUCGCAAUAUGUGUCAAUAGUAGUGGUUGAACCUCCUCGGGCCCAAACAAAGUUGGCUUCACCAAAACCAGUAGAAAGAAAAGAGGAUGUUACUCCUAAAUCUCAACCAAUAUCAUCUCUCUCUCCUUGGCUUGUAUCUUCUGAACCAAGUUCACCUUCUGGUAUUGGGGAAAAAGAAAUAACUAUCAUACAUCGUAAAUCUGUUAUUACUACACAACUGUAG